AUGACUGCUGAACAGUUGGCGAAGAAUGGGAAUAGUAUGGCGGCACGGUUGGAUACCAUUGAGACAUCAAUAAAGAGUCAACUACAUGGUGUGCAGAGGAUAGAGACUGGCCAUUGGGAUGAGCUUAACCGGACCCAUUACAAUAUACAGUCGACGCGAAUACAACAGGAGAACAAUGAGAAGAGCCGACAAGCAUGCUUGGUGUCCAAUAACGAGGCCUCGGUAGAGCUCAACAAUUUACUACGGGAUAUGAUAUCAGGAGCAGAGCAGGUUAAUGAUGAUGUGGCUACUGCCAACAAAGUAAAGAGAAGGAUGGAACUUGACUUGUCUAAAUUCAACGAUAGGAUAAGCAGUCUUGAUGCAUGGCUGUUGAAUAUGGAUAAGUGGACCAAGUUCGUGUUGGACCAGACCGGCAACCGGCGGGAAAUGUUCAAUCUCGAGACAUCAAUUCUCACACUACAGGAGACGAUAAUGUCUGCGGCAGGGAGUGUUGGAUAUAAACCAAUGCUAUUGACGAUACCAGAGGCUGGUGGAGGCAACGACUGGCUCUAUACGCCCUUCACCUAA